UGUGCUAUACGUCUAAUGUCUGUUGGUCCGUCUCUCCGUCCUGUCUGUGUGUUGCAGCCGAGCCUCCUGGCAGGAGAGAUGGGCAGUCCUGGGGCGGUGUCGCCCACCAAGCCUGGAUCCCAGUAUUACCAGCACUACAACAACAACCCUCGUCGGAGACCUCUGCACAGUGACAACAUGGAGGUCCAGACAAAGAAAGUCCGGAAAGUUCCCCCUGGUUUGCCUUCCUCAGUAUACGCCCCAUCUGCCAGCACGGCUGACUACAACAGGGACUCACCAGGGUACCCCUCCUCCAAACCACCCAGUGGAGGGUUCCCCAGCCCCUUCUUCAUGCCAGACGGUCACCACAGUGCCGACCCAUGGAGCUCAUCCAGCGGUAUGAACCAGCCUGGUUACAGCGGCAUGCUGGGUAACUCCUCCCACGGCCCCCAGAGCAGCAGCUACUGUGGCACCCACCUGCAUGACCGGCUGAGCUACCCGUCACACUCCUCGGCAGACAUCAACCCCAGUCUUCCUCCCAUGUCCAGUUUUCAUCGUAGCAGUGCCUCCAAUCAGUACAGUACAGCCUCCUGCACUGCCACCACCAACGGGGCAGACAGCGUGAUGGGUAAGACCUGGGGACAAGGACACAGGGCUGCGGAAGACAGGACAGAAGACAUGACAGAUCACAGGGCUGAUUACAGCGCUAACCGGGCGCAGAGCGGGGCACCGACCAGCUCUCAGACGGGAGACGCCCUGGGGAAGGCUCUCGCUUCGAUCUACUCUCCAGACCACACAAACAACAGUUUCUCGUCCAACCCGUCGACCCCUGUCGGCUCUCCCCCGUCACUCACAGCUGCCAGUUCUGCUGUAUGGUCCAGGAACGGAGGACACGGUCCCUCCUCCCCCAACUAUGAGGCACCACUCCACUCUCUGCAGAGUCGUAUCGAGGACCGCCUAGAGCGUCUGGACGAUGCCAUCCACGUGCUGCGGAGUCACGCGGUCGGCCCCUCCACGGGCAUGCCCGGCGGGCACCAAGACAUGCACAGCCUCAUCGGGGCAGCACACAACGGAGCCAUGGGAGGACUGAGUUCUGGGUACGGCACGGGACUACUCUCUGCCAACCGACACUCAAUCAUGGUGGGCUCUCACAGGGAGGAAGGCAGCAUGGGCAUACGUGGCAGCCAUCCCAUCGGACCCAACCAAGUGCCAGUCCCCCAGCUGCCCCAGCAGUCUGCCACGUCACCAGAUCUCAACCAGACUGAUACAUACCGGGCUCUCUCCAGUGGUCUCCAGGGCCAGAGCACCUCGUCCAUCUCGUCAGAGAUCAAGUCGGAGGAUGAGGGGGAUGAGAACCUGCAGGAUGCCAGAUCUAUGGAGGCCAAGAAGGAGGAGUCCGACAACAAGGACCUCAAGUCUAUUGAUAGGUCAAGAUCUAGUAACGCGGAUGACGAGGACUUGUCUCCGGAGCAGAAGAUCGAACGCGAGAAGGAACGCAGGAUGGCCAACAACGCCCGGGAGCGGCUCCGUGUCCGGGACAUCAACGAGGCUUUCAAGGAGCUGGGGCGUAUGGUGCAGCUGCACCUGAAGAGUGACAAGCCACAGACCAAACUGCUCAUACUGCAUCAGGCCGUGGCCGUCAUACUGAGUCUGGAGCAGCAAGUCAGAGAGAGGAACCUGAACCCUAAGGCGGCGUGUCUGAAGAGACGUGAGGAGGAGAAGGGCUCGUCGGACGGCGGAGCGGCUCUCUCCCUGGCCGGGCCGCACCACGCCAUGGGGGACGCCUCAAACCCAAUGGGACAAAUGUAAAACCCCCCUAAAUGGUCCAAGCUCCCGGAGUUCAUCAAGAUGAUGAGUGACCACUUCCUUUGACAGCAUUCUCUUAUUUCCUGAACCAAUCAAUCAACCGAUCACGUCAAUCAACGAUCGAUCGAUCUGACCACCUGAUCUGACCAAUAUCUUGCCCUGACCACCUGUCUUUUGUAUUCUGUAGAAAUAAAUGAACCCAAAUGUAUAUUGGCUAUGGAACAACAUAACAGAUAGUACAAUACUACAGUAACUACAGUACUACAGAUACUACAGUACAACAGUACAACCGAUACUACAAUAAUACAUAUACUACAGUACAACAGUACCACAGUACUACAAUACUACAGAAACUACAAUACUACAGAUACUGCAGUACAACAGUACUACAGUACAACAGUACUACAGAUACUACAAUAAUACAUAUACUACAGUACAACAGUACCACAGUACUACAAUACUACAGAAACUACAAUACUACAGAUACUACAGUACCACAGUACUACAAUACUACAGUAACUACAGUACUACAGAUACUACAGUACAACAGUACUACCGAUACUACAAUAAUACAUAUACUACAGUACAACAGUACCACAGUACUACAUAUACUACAAUACUACAGAAACUACAAUACUACAUAUACUACAGUACAACAGUACCACAGUACUACAUAUACUACAAUACUACAGUAACUACAGUACUACAGAUACUACAGUACAACAGUACUACCGAUACUACAUAAACUACAAUAAUACAUAUACUACAGUACAACAGUACCACAGUACUACAUAUACUACAAUACUACAGAAACUACAAUACUACAGAUACGCAGUACAACAGUACUACAGUACAACAGUAACUACAGAUACUACAGUACAACAAUACUACAGAAUCUGCAAUACUGCAGAUACUACAGUACUACAUAUACUACAGUACAACAUUACUACAUCUACUACAAUAGUACAGAAACUACACUAGUACAGGUACUACAGAUACUACAGUACUACAUAUACUACAGUACACCAUUACUACAGAUACUACAAUACUACAGAGACUACUGUACUACAGAUACCACAGUAGUACAGAUACUAUAGAUAAUACAGUACUACAUAUACUACAUAGACUACUGUACUAUAGAUCCUACAGAUACUAUAGAUCCUACAGAUACUACUGUACUAUAGAUCCUACAGAUACUAUAGAUACUACAGAUACUACAGUACUAUAGAUAAUACAGUACUAUAAAUAAUACAGCUACUACAGUAUUACAGAUACCACAGUACUACAUAUACUACAGUACUACAAAUACUACAGUACUAAGAUUCUACAGUACUACAGUACUACAGAUACUACAGUACAACAGAUUCUACAGUACUACAAUACUACAGUACUACAGAUAAUACAUAUACUACAGUACUACAGUACAAUACAUUUGUUCCUCUUUCUUUCUGUUAUUAUAUAGCUUAAAGAUUUUUUUUUAAAUGGAGGGAAAAAAUAAUAUAAUAAUUGAUGCAACUACUCGAUGUUGGGGGACUAUUUCAAACAUAUCAUUGUGUUUUUUUUAACAAUGUUGCAGACUGAGCUGUUAGUGAACACAGCCCUCUCAACCGAAUGGCAAUCUUCUCCACACUGUGGAAACUCUUGCAGUAGAGUGCCUGAAAUACUCCUUGACGUGUCAAGUUAGCUAGAUAUCUAUGAAAACUCAAAUCAGUCGGGUCUAGACGGGAGAGGGUAUUAAAAAGAAUAUGAAAAGUAGACAUUAUGUAGAAUUUCAAGAUAUUGUAAAAACAUGCAAUAAUGACAACAAAAAAAAAAAGUGUAUUUCUAAUGUAAAACAGAACAGAUCCAUUUUAAGAUGACACUUUGUUUUUUGGGGCUCUAAGUUGGCUAGAAUUGGCUGUAUACUAGAGUGGAUAGAGGCAAACAAUUGCUGCCUCUUAUACUUGCAGCCCACUCGAAACCAGCAAACGUCCGGAUUCAGAUUUCAAAUGUGUUUUCAUUGGCCAUUCCUUUGCGUGGGCGGAGCAGAUGAGCAAAUGGACCCUUGUGAUUGGAGGGCAGGCCGUUGGUAGUGUUACUGUUCGUUAGUCCACGUUACUAGGCAGAUGAAGGAAGGAUGGAGAGAAAAGAAAGGGUGGAGAGAUUGUCUCCUUUGCUGUGUUUUUAUCACACAGACGGAUCCAGAAUCUCUCCCAGGGAUGAUGUCACUUCCUGGUUGGUGAUGUCACUUCCUGGUUGGCGAUGACGCUGCAUUGGAAAGGCACGAGCCAGAGGGGGGGAUGUAUAUCCCAGAGACCGAGCAGUCCGUCAUCUUGUAUGAUUUGUCUGAUUUAUAAACCCCGGUUUAGCACUUCAUACCCCCCUCUGUCCACCUUCUCAGUCCUCCCUUCCUGCCCCCCUUACCCCCAACCAACCCCCAAGCCCAGACCCUGCAAGGCCCCAGAGAUGCAAUUUUAACAUUCACUUCUACCAAUGUGCCUUUUAGAGUUCAUAUCAUUCAAAUGCGAUGAGGAGACGGACGUUAUCUGAACUUUUUAGGAUUCAAGCUUAGGGAACUGUUACUUAAUUAGGUCUAUGCAGUCAGGUUUUUUUCCGACCUGGGAAUUAAAAAAAAAAAAAACAGUCAAAAGAGAAAAAAAAGUAUUUUUGGGAUAAACUGUAUUUAAUUGUACUGUAUGCUUAUAUGUAAUUAGAAGGCGUGUCCCUGAACAGACCUUGUUUUAGUCAGUUGAGCCCCCUGGCGGCCCCAGCACCCCGAGUUUCAGACCCCUUCCUGUAUUAUUACAAGUUUCAGCCUGUUUCCAUAGUGAACUACACGUCUGUUAUUGAGCGUUGUAUUAUAGCUAUCAGCUUUUUAUCAAUAUCGGCUUUUCCGUGAGCCACUGUAGUCUUCGGUACCAGUGUGUGGUUGUAUGUGUAAAACAGAAUUUUUCCUCAUUUUUAAUCUUUCUCUUAUUCUUUGUCUGUUCUGGUUUCUCUGUUGAUGAAAAAAAUACUAAACCACACCUUGCUGCCGUAUGGAGAUUCGUCAGCAGCUGUUUUUAAAUGUGGUUUACGUUAUCCAAUCAACGCAAGGCACUGAAACUGGAAAAUAAUCUAUUUGAAAAUCAAUAUAUAUAAAUGUAAAAAUAUAUACAAUAUAUAAAUAAGGAAGGUGCCAGUUUUCAAAGGAGAGUUUGUUUUGGUGGUGAUUCAUUAUUUGCUCAGAGAUGGGUAGAAGGUUUGAAGAGGCAUCUCAGUGUUACUUUUAAAGAGACAAGACGUUCUUCUUCUCUGCCGUGCCGUGCCGUGACAUCACAAUGACUGACUAUGGCGUCCCUGACUGGACAAAAGGGACCGGUCUUCUCUGGGGUGCCGUGACAUCACAAUGACUGACUAUGGCGUCCCUGACUGGACAAAAGGGACCGGUCUUCUCUGGGGUGCCGUGACAUCACAAUGACUGACUAUGGCGUCCCUGACUGGACAAAAGGGACCGGUCUUCUCUGGGGUGCCGUGACAUCACAAUGACUGACUAUGGCGUCCCUGACUGGACAAAAGGGACCGGUCUUCUCUGGGGUGCCGUGACAUCACAAUGACUGACUAUGGCGUCCCUGACUGGACAAAAGGGACCGGUCUUCUCUGGGGUGCCGUGACAUCACAAUGACUGACUAUGGCGUCCCUGACUGGACAAAAGGGACCGGUCUUCUCUGGGGUGCCGUGACAUCACAAUGACUGACUAUGGCGUCCCUGACUGGACAAAAGGGACCGGUCUUCUCUGGGGUGCCGUGACAUCACAAUGACUGACUAUGGCGUCCCUGACUGGACAAAAGGGACCGGUCUUCUCUGGGGUGCCGUGACAUCACAAUGACUGACUAUGGCGUCCCUGACUGGACAAAAGGGACCGGUCUUCUCUGGGGUGCCGUGACAUCACAAUGACUGACUAUGGCGUCCCUGACUGGACAAAAGGGACCGAAGUUACAACACGCUCCACUCACUGCUAUUCAGCUGUCAAAGGAAACGCAGACAUUUGUCAAUUGUAUGCAACAAAUGCAAACUGACCAUUAUUUUGAAAGUGUGUUUGUAAAAGUUAUAUUUUUACAUGUAGGCUGUUGUUAUUUUGUGUUUAGAUAAUACGUUGUAUUAGUUUUUUUUUUUGUUAAAAGAUGAAAAAGUAAAAAUCGGUGUUGAAAACAUGUCACAUUGAAAAUGUAGUGAGGUCAAAAGUUUCAAUAUCAUCGCUUUUCUUUUUUUUUCUUUUUUCACGCAUUUUGUUUGUUUAUAUCAAGAAGGUAUAUAAUAUUAUUUUCAUUGCUCCAUGCUCAUUGCCAUUUUUCAUUGUAUUUUUGAAGAAAUAAUGUGUAAAAAGUCAUAAUACACAGGGUUCAUGACCUUUUUGGGUGGGGUGCUGGUGGUGAAUAGCUGAAAGUGAGAGAGAAUUGAGUUGAUUUGUUCAGUUGUAUUCUGCUUGUAAUUGUCUGGUUAUUUUAGCCAGGUGCCAAUAUUCAUUAAAAAAAUCAACGGCA